CGCUUGUUUUGCCAACCUUGCACCGACAAAGUAACCAUAAAAUGCCCCCUAACCUCACAUUGCCAAAAUGUCGGCUUUGAGACUCAAUAAAAGCGUUUUAAAACGUUGCAAGAAGUUUAAGUGCUUUUCCACGGCCGUGCAACACGACGAUGAGUACACGGCGACGCCCCAAUACCCCCCGAUCCUGGACAUGAGCCCCGACAAAAUCCAAGAACGGAAGAAAGAAGCCCUAUAUGAAGAAAUCAAAGCUGUGAAGACAGUCGAGGAAAAACAGAUUAAAUUAAACAUGCCUAAAUAUUACGGUUUUAAAAGCUACAUGUUAUAUGAGGAUUAUAUCCCUUAUAAUAGCCUGUCUUUAAUCCAACACGUUACAAGAACACAUUUGAUAAAAAACGACAAUUUGCCCCCUUUUUACAACGAUUUGGAUGUCUCAACGGUGGCAAAUGACGUAAAAACCGACAUUGAGGAGGUUAUUUUAGUCGAAACGGCGAGAAAAAGGUCAGUUUUAAUUUUUUUAACCAAAAAAUUGAUUUUUUUUUCUAGAGAAGGGGACAAAGUGGCGGUGGAAAACUCCCUCAGUUUUGAUUUAUCCAAACAAAUUAAUCGGAUUAUAAUGAGUCGGAUGUGUAGGGCUUUGCCCCAUUUAAUGGAGGCUCAUGUCGAUCUAAACCCCCGGGUUGAGUCCUUCUGGUUCGCCGGCGGUAUGAACCCCCCUGAGAACAUCAAACGGUACCGGAGGGGCACCGAGUGGCAAAAAAUCAAAGAAAACGAGCCAACGAACCGAGGCAUGAACUAUAUCGGUUCAUCAAACCUGUCUCUGAGGUCUGAUUUACCCUUGAGACAGUUAAUUUCCCCCAGUGAUGCGGAAAACCCCGAUUUGGGGGUCCCCCAUUUUGAGUUUGACCCCCGAACUGUGGGUACAGUGGCCAACGAGCACCGACAUAUAGCCAAUAUUCCAGGUUUCUGGCCUGGGGAUUCUAGGGAAUUUGGUUUUUUGUCGUACCACAAGCGCGGGCAUUUAAUCACACGUCACUAUAACGAUGUUGAGGAUCAUAAAGAAGCCAUUGACCGACAGGGGAUUUUAGCGUCGUUUGGUUGGCUAAACGCCCAAGCCAACUAUCAGGGUUUUACCACUUUUAAUGACAUCACGUAUCCAUUUGUGACUCAAACUGUGGUCACUAAUGGACAAAUCUGGUCGUUUUAUGUCUACCAACUUAACACAAUUGUGAAUCACUCUAAGUUUUUCACUGAAAACCCCAAACGGAAUGUUUGUUGGGGAACCCCCGAAGUGAAGUUGUUUGAAGGGGUGGAAAAUGAUAAAUUGAUCGGAUUCAAUGAUGAUGUUUUGAAAAUGUUGUUGAAGUUUUAUGCGAAUGCUCCAGAGGAGAAAUUGGGGGUUAAUAUGAAGCCGUUUUUGGGUAAAGAAGAGAAAUUUAUUGCUGAUUAUGAGGAUGCUGAUAAGAGGGAGUGGCUUGAGAGGGAAUAUAAAUUUUUAGUGUCAAAUAGGCCGAGGGAUCAACUCGGUUAUGAAAUUUAUGCCUGGGAGAAAAUUUAUAAAAUUGAUCACCAGACUAGGUUUAUGGACAAGAAAAGGAGACCGUUUGAGUUUAAAAUGAAACCAUCGAAUAGGAGGCUGGAUGAGCGGUUACCGAGGUAUAUCCCGAGGGCUUUGAGGCCCCAUUUGCCCCGACAUAAGGGACGAUACGCCAAGGAAUAUUUCCCUUAAACAUUGUAACAUAGUUUGUUAAUAAAUCAAUUUAAAAAAUGUGUUUUUUUUAUUUUU